AUGUCCAACGUUGUGCUCUUCCCGCGGCAGCAGGCCACCCCAACAGACGGCGCCAACAACAGCGGCAGCAACAACAACAACAGCAACGGGCCCACCAGUUCGCCGCUGCUUUUUUUCGUUGCCCUGGGUUUCGGUGUCGUCUUCACAAACUUAUGGAUUAUCGUUGGUGUUAAGUACUGCUUCCGAUACAACCGCCGUCGCGCGGCCCAGGCUGCUGCAGAUGGCGAGCCAAUCGAUAUGACCAACAUGCCUCGCCCGCACCGGAGAAGGAGGGAGAAGAAGCUGAUGACCAUGGACGAGGUCAACGAGCGGUUCCCAUUGACCAAGUAUAAGCAAUGGAAGUCAAGUCGCGAGACCGAGGGCUUGCCAGCUAACGGCGGCAUUGCGACGGCGCCCCAGAGCAGAGCAGCAAGCUUGAAGGAUGUCGAAGGUGUCAUUAGUGCCCAGGACGAAGGUCCAGGACCGCGAACCGACACUGCCCUCUCCAUGGCCCGCAACGACCUCAAUGCCCCGGCCUCCUCUACCGACCCCGUCGCUCCCCCGAGAACAAGUGUCGAAAGCAGGAAGAGUCAGCACGUGCAAGACCUUGAGAAGCAGGUCGCCGACAAGUUGAACUCGGAGAAGACGGACAACGUUCAAGGGCAAAGUGGUACACCCCAGGCCAACGUGCGCGAGCGCGAGGACGACUCGGACGACGAAGAGGAUCCCAUCAGCACUGCCGCUGCACCCGAGAUGUUGGCCGAGCCGGGAGACACGUGCGCCAUCUGUCUGGAUACCCUGGAAGAUGACGACGAUGUACGUGGACUGUCUUGUGGCCACGCCUUCCACGCCAGCUGUGUCGACCCAUGGCUUACGAGUCGCCGCGCCUGCUGCCCUCUCUGCAAAGCCGACUACUACGUUCCGAAGCCCCGUCCUGAAGGAGAAGUUGACCCUCUUACUGGUCGCCGUUCAGUUGCUGGUCUUAGAUCACCACCGCAGGCGGUCUGGACUUCCACCAACCCGUUCUCUAGGUCUCGCGUCAUGGUCAUCAACUCAGACUUCCAGCAGCGACAAGGUGGUGAUCGGUUCGGGCGACUAAAUCGGCCUACUCGCCGCGAGCGCGUGGCUGGGAACGCCUCCCAAGCGACAGGGCAGACUAGCGAGAACCAAGGAUGGCGAUCGAGGCUGGCGCUCAACCGAACUCAAGGCCCUGGCUUCUCAAGCUGGUUCGGCCGCAACCGUGGCGCCGGUGCCACUGGAGAAACCCCUGUCUCGCAGCAGCCAACUCCAGGACAACUCGAAGCAGGUGGCCGAUAG